AUGGAUAAGUUUCGUAUGAUGUUCCAGUUUCUCCAGUCCAACCAGGAGUCUUUCAUGAAUGGGAUUUGUGGCAUCAUGGCAUUAGCAAGUGCCCAGAUGUACUCUGCCUUUGAGUUCAGCUGCCCCUGCAUGCCAGAAUACAACUACACCUACGGUAUCGGGCUUCUCAUCAUCCCUCCCAUAUGGUUCUUUUUGUUGGGCUUUGUCUUGAACAAUAAUGUGUCGGUGCUCGCUGAGGAGUGGAAAAGACCCACAGGGAGCCGGACGAAGGAUCCAACAAUCCUGCGCUACAUGUUUUGUUCAAUCACCCAGAGAUCGUUGAUCGCCCCUGCGUUGUGGGUAUCGGUCACCCUCAUGGACGGGAAGAGCUUCCUCUGCGCUUUCAGCAUCAACUUGGAUAUUGAAAAGUUCGGGAAUUCCAGCUUUGUUAAAGGGAUGUCGGAGACAGAGAAGAUUCGACUGCUGGCCAGAAUCCCCUGCAAAGACCUGUUUGAGCAUCAGGAAAUAAGAGUGGCAGCAACACGGUACAUCAAGUGUAUAUCACAGGCAUGUGGAUGGAUUUUUCUCCUCAUGAUGACCUUCACCGCCUUUCUCAUCCGGGCCAUCAGGCCGUGCUUCACCCAAGCCGCUUUCCUCAAAACCAAAUACUGGUCCCAUUACAUCGACAUUGAGCGCAAGAUGUUCGAUGAGACCUGCAAGGAGCAUGCGAAGAGCUUCGCCAAAGUGUGCAUCCACCAGUACUUUGAGAACAUCAGCGGGGAGAUGCAGAGCCUCCACCGCCAUCGCUCCGGGAAGGACGAGAACGGCGACGAAGACGAGGACAAGAGAAGUGACGAAGACAAGCUGCUGGGCAUCAGGGCCCAGGACGACAUGAACAAGCUCUUGUGGAACUGGCACACGUGUAAGCCGGCGCUGGCUCUGAGGAAGGACCAGAUGGACGGUGAAAACAAUAGCAAGCUGAACGGGAAGAUAAACGAGGGAUUUAAUGGGUUCGCAAACGGACACGCCCACGAGACCAAAAAAAAGGAAUGGGCCGUGUAUUACAGUAAGGUUUGAAGAAAACUGAGAUAAAACGCUUACAAAUUAGCUUUCAGUCAGUCACUGUGUUCCAGAGAUGUAGCCUUUAUUUUGUUUCCUCGCUUUAGAAGUUAAAGGAAAAAGACUUUGUUACGCUGACAAAGUCUGCAAUCAUUGUCCAUCUCUUCAUAUUUUGCUUCCAUUCAGCUAGACUGUUUUUUCUUCUUUUAAAGUUACAUUGGCCAAUAUUUCUUACAGAUUUACAAAGG